GACACCAGCAGAUCAUCUCCGUUCUGAGGGGGUGGCUGUGGCCGCUCGGUGUACCUCACCUCAUAAGUGGUCCAUCGAGCCUUCACUGCACCCCUGCUGAACAACGGAGAAGACUUCUUCUCAUCCGCGACAUUCCCGGUCAACUCCCCCGUGUCUCGCCAGACGCGGUGGACAUGCUCAGCUGCAUCUGAGGACGACGCGAUCGCUACUGUGCAGUCCGCUGCAGCCGCCUUUCCGUCUUGGUCGAAAAGCCGCCCCGCUUCUCGUCGUACUAUCUUUCUCAAGGCAGCGGACUUGCUUGAGAAGCGCCCGAGCAGUUGAAGGAACAUGAGUCUCGAGAGACGGGAGCUUCGAAGGGCUAUACAGCCUUUGACAUCGUGACGGCCGCUGACGAGCUCUGGGAUGUUGGAGGCCGCUGCAGCGCAAUCCCAUGACUCAAGAGCAGGGGACUUGUGCACUGGUGCUCAACUCACCCUACGGUGUCGUGCUAGGCAUCACCUCAUAGAAUAUGAUUACAUAUAUCUGGGCUUCAGAGUAGUAUCAUGUGCGCUUGCUGCCGGAAACACUUGUGUCUCGAAAGGCUCUGGACUCGGUCCUCACUGUCCCUAUAACAUCGGACGCAGCUUCACAAACCCCGGGCUACCCAAAGGCGCUCUGAACGUGAUCUACAACCCCCGCGACUCUCCUGCUCAGAUCAUGACUCUCCUGAUCGAGUCCCCUACUGUCAAGAAGCUUAACUUUACGGGAAGCAACACAGUGGGAAGCAGCAUCUGCGCGGCCGCUGGCAGAGCCGUCAAGCCUCGUCCAAUGAAACUCGGCGGCAAAGCAGCGGCUAUCGUGCUGGGCGACGCUGAUCUCGCGAUGGCUGCCUCCCAGCAUGUUCUAGGUGCAUUCAUGAAGGCGAGCCAAAUGCGCAUGGGCACCGAGCGCGUCAUCGUGCAAGAACCCAUCGAAGACCAAUUCUACGGCGAGCAGGGGAAGAAUUCCAACCUGCUAACGCGCUGUCUCCCAUCUUCUUACAGGCUGCGGACGAAGCAGUUAGGAUCGCCAACGACAGCGAAUGUGGAAUGAAAGGGGAUGUGUUCACACGCGAUCUGGCGCGCGGACUCCGAGUCGCAAAGCGAUUGGAGAGCGGACGAGUUUCAUUCGUCGAAUCACGUCUGGCACUGAGGAUCAAUCAGGUCCAUUCAGAUCAACUCGAUGAGUGUACACGAUGAAGCCGAUCUCCCCCAUGGUGGAGCGAAAAGCAGUGGAUGGGGCCGUUUCAAUGGUCAAUAGGGAAUUGAGGAGUUCCUGCGCCUCAAGACAAUCACAUGUCAGGAAUAGCGGCAAGCAUCCGUCUGCUGCAGUCUGGAUCUACCGAAGUUUCUGAUCUUAUCUUAGACCUGUGCGGCGUGUAAUAUCAUGUAAAUUUAGCCUAGCCGAAGGUCGUUUUCUUAUUAGCGACCUCUCGUGGUGCCGAUUCCAGCAUGCUUGCUCUCCUAAAUCCAACCGCCCUCAAAACACCGCCAGGGUUUCGUGGAUCCCUCAGCAGCGCUUGUUUUUGGGGGCAUGCAAGGCCCGCUGGGACCAUGCCAAGAAUGGUCGGGGGGUCUAUAAACGUCCCUUUUCGCCCCUCCAGGACCGCUUGCACGUGGACCAGCGCCCGAGAACGUUUCCAACUGCUCGCUGAUGAAUUGAGUCCAAUAGAGUUCGUUCGGAGGAUCGCCAUGAAUUGCAGUCGCCAGAUGCAAGGCGACCAUGCACUCUUGCUGAUUUGCCCCGUAUUUUAUGUCGCCAUGUUGGCGAUAGUUCCGGAUGAAGAACACUAUAUGUGGCGGCCUAGGUCCUUUCCCGUGUGUCGUUUGAGCGCAACAGGGCGGGCAUUAACGCCGAACGUUUGCAACCUCAGCUGGAUCCUCAGGGCGCGGAAGCUGGCUGAACAACUUGAAGCCAGUCUGAUGCUGAUUGAGGCCAAGGAUCCAUCCUCAAUAGGGGCCUGAGACCCAACGACAGAGAGAUUGGAGUUGCAGCAACAUCAGCGCCGCUGACGGGAGCAGGCGAGAUCAUCACCACGCGCAGCAUUUUCGGAACCGUGGUACUCCCGUGCUGGCCAGCCAACGCGGAGAUAUUGCACGCCUUUGCGACAUUCAGUUUCGGACCUAGGACGAUUAACGUCGCAUGGGUACCCC